AUGGGCUCACUUCUUUAUCUAUAUUUGAUAUUACUUUCAUUGGCAUUCACCGCGACUCUUUCAAGUCAAGGACAAGCCAUAAAAUCAGCACGACUUCUUGAUUUAGUCCUCAGAGACUACACGUUUCGAUCUUACAAUAGCAAGAACUUCAGAACAGCAAAAUUGUACGCGAUACAUUUACCAGCCAACCUUACAGGGAUCAGAGUCGAUUCAGUUAGAUAUCGAUGUGGCAGUUUAACAAGAUAUGGUGCCAAAAUCAAAGAAUUCAAAUUACCUAUUGGGGUAAGUAUCCAACAUUGUGUUGAAAGAGUUCUCAUACUUAGACAAAAUCUUGGAUCCAAUUGGUCUUCUAUAUACUAUGACAAUUAUGAAUUAUCAGGUUAUCAACUCAUUUCACCUGUUUUAGGCCUAUUAGCAUACAAUGCUGGUGAUGAUAUGGUAACAUCUACAACCCCUUUUGAACUUACAAUUCAAUCUGAUAAAAUUCCAAUCACAAUUGAUUUUAGCAACACAAUAAAGCUAGUAAAUGAUACUAGUAAAUCAGGGAUAAUACCAUUAUGUGCUAGCUUUGAGCGCGACGGAAAGGUGACACUAACAAAACAAGUGUCACAAAAUGUUUGUGCUGCUAAAAAACAAGGACAUUUUGGUUUGGUUAUUGAGUCACCUCUAAUGCCAUUGAAAAAUAAAAGGGCAAGUAAUUGGAAAUUAGCCAUUGGGAGCGCGAUUGGAGCUGCGUUGGGCGCGUUCCUUUUAGGUUUGCUACUGAUUGCAAUAUUUGUGAAGGUGAAGAAGAAAGCAAGAAUGGAGGAAUUGGUUAGAAGAGCAUAUGAAGAAGAAGCUUUACAAGUUUCUAUGGUUGGACAUGUGAGAGCUCCAACUGCAGCUGGUACUAGAACUGUUCCAACUAUUGAACAUGACUAUAAUUCUCAUGAUAUUUGA